AUGCAAGUCUUCUUCCUCAAUGGCGAUUCAAUGAUACUUGACCCUGAAGAAGGUUUGGCAGCAGCGAAGGCCAAGGUGGCUCAACGCUUGGGAGUGCUUCCGCGGGAUGUAAAACUCACCUGCGGCGGAGAGAUUCUUACCGAGAUGCCAGCACAGAGUGUUCUGCAGGAUUCCCUAUGCUAUGCCGCCACAUCAAGGGAGCCGGGCAGUGUGCCUUUUGAGACGGCGUGGGAGUUCAUAAGGCAACGGUGGCUACCGGUGCAGAACGAGCGAGAGAGGUUUGAUCGGUUGAGAGGACAGUGGAUGUUGAAGUACCAGGCGCUUCGUGUGAUUGGCCAGUGGGACGUUCAGUCUGCUUGGUUUGACCUGGAUGUGGAAAGACUCAGGCUGUGCAAGGAAGAAACGUUAUUUUUGCGCGCAGUUGACCAGUGUUGCGAGUCUCUUAGGGCAGAGUUGCGGGCUCUUGCUGUGGAUGAGCAGGGUCAGAGGGAGCUCUUACGUGACUUUUUUCUGUCCUUGGACUCCCUUGGUCCUCCAGAUCCUUACAGAUGUUUUUGCUAUGAAUGCUGUGGUGAAGCAGGCGAGCUAGACUCUGAUGGAGAGGACUAUGGACCACCCUGGUACAACCAGGAUCACCCUGGGGGUUCGCCAUCACACGAAUAUUGCAAGUGGGAGCGACUGCGUCGCCUGCUUGAGCAACAGGAACUGGAGGAUGGCAUCCUGAUCGACCUGCCUCACUGCCGACGUCAGACCAGGCCUCCCACGCGCCGGAAAGAUCGUCGCUCAGGCUACAAAGUCAAAGGCACCAGACGAUCGCGAUGGAAGCGAACUUACAAGCUGGAGUCUUCAGCCCUCGUUAGCGAGUGCGAUGUUUAG